GCCUUGGGUCCAUGCAAUGAUCUAAAAAUUCAGGCUAGGGUUCAGUUAGGGGUUUUCGUCUCUCUCUUCCACUGAGAGAAAGAUGAGAGAGCUACAGCUUUCGUUGAACCAAACCCAGAAGGUUCGGCUACAGAGAGCUCUCGAAAAGCUUGAGUCUUUGUCUUCAAAGGCCAAUUCCAAUGCUUCUGUUACUGUCGCCGAUUCAAUCCCUGUUAACUACGAAGACGGCCUUCUCAAGGGACAUGGGACCUCUGAAUUCAAUGGUGAAGUUGUUGCCACCGUUUGCGGUAUCGUCGAGCGCGUCAAUAAGCUGGUCUAUGUGCGUGCUCUAAGGGCCAGGUACAAGCCAGAGGUUGGAGAUAUCAUAGUGGGGCGUGUUAUUGAGGUUGCUCCAAAGCGUUGGAGAGUGGAGAUAAACUAUAGCCAUGAUGCAGUGUUGAUGCUUUCUUCAAUGAACUUACCUGACGGCAUCCAGAGGCGACGAACUGCUCUGGAUGAACUCAACAUGCGCAGCAUUUUUGAGGAGAAUGAUGUCAUUUGUGCUGAAGUUCGUGGUUUUCAACAUGAUGGUUUACAUCUCCAAGCAAGAAGUCAGAAGUAUGGAAAGCUUGGAAGGGGUCAAUUGCUGACAGUCCCUCCUUAUCUGGUGAAAAGACGCAAGCAGCACUUCCAUCAUUUAGAAAACUAUGGUAUUGACCUGAUAAUUGGCUGUAAUGGAUUCAUCUGGGUUGGGGAACAUGUUCAAGUGACAGACGAUAUGGUAGUGGAUCAAGUGAACAAGUCUGAACAAGAUGAUGCCAAACCUGAUGAAAAUUCCAUUAGUCCCGAAGAUCAAGGGAAAAACUACACUCGGCAAGAGACAAGAGAGAACAUAUGCAGGGCUGCAAAUGCUAUCCGCGUAUUGUCUACUUUAGGCUUCAAUAUUACUGUAGAAGUAAUCACGGAGACGGUUGAUUUGAGCACUUCUAUAAAUGUUGCUAUACAUGAAAUGCUCGGUUCAGAGUUCUAUGUUUUGGUUGCAGAGAAGGAGUCUGUAAGGCGAAGCAUGACAAAAAAAAAGUGAUGACUGUGUGUCCACUUUUGAAUUCUGUUAUAAGAGAGUUGUUCGUCCUUAAUCCUUUUCUUUUAUCUUUAUAUUUUACACAAUCAAACGUAUUUUUGGAGAACCAGUGAACAGAAGAGUUAUACUCCAUCCAAUCUCAUCUCAUUAAAUAGAGGGAUGGCAUCCUCUUCGUCUAUCGAAA